UAGUCUGGUGCAAGGAAGACUUUUCCUUCCUCCAUAUAUGCUGAGGCUUGAUCUGCCGAUCCGCCAGAAAAGCACAUUGAUUCACCGCCAGAUGCUUUUCUGCCCUUUCUGGCUCUUGUGAAGAUUCACGUUGGACGUGCUCUUUGUGUGUUUCCUAUAAACAAGUCUCCUGUCUGUGUAAACAUCAGCUUUCCAAGAUGAGUAAGCCAUCGAUGUCUGCCAUGGACAACAUCCCUCUACAGAGAAGCAGCUCAGUCUGUAAGGACAGUAAACACUCCUUUACGGAGUCUGUCUUGUCAUCCUUUCGCCAGCUACGCGAGAUGGUCGACGGGGACAAGGAGGUUGUUCUCGAUGGACGAUCUCUCAAUUUGAGCUCUGUCUUCGCCGUUGCUCACAAUGGUGUUUCUGCGUCCAUCACGAAGGACAAGGACGUACCCAAUCAGAUGAGUCACAGUGUUGACUUACUCAGUGCAAAGCUCGCACAGGGCGAAGUCAUCUAUGGUGUCAACACAGGAUUCGGGGGCAGCGCAGACACCCGCACAGACGAUUAUGCAAACCUCCAAAAGGCGUUGAUACAGCAUCAUAACGCAGCGAUACUGCUCCCAACUGACCGUGGCAUCGUGGAUCCAACAUCUAGUCCACAACACAUGAAAAGUCAUGCCAUGCCAAUUCCAAUCGUUCGAGCUGCCAUGCUCACACGUUGUAAUUCGUUGGUGAGAGGACAUUCGGCCGUUCGCGUCCAGGUUGUUGAGCAUAUCCUCACUCUUCUCGCUCAUGGAAUGACUCCCGUCGUCCCAUUGCGUGGUAGCAUCUCAGCUUCCGGUGACCUGACCCCUCUAGCCUACAUCGCAGGAGCGUUGGAGGGUAAUCCAGAUAUCUCAAUCCAUUGUGCUGGCAAUGGCCAGGUCAUGCCGGCUCACCGAGCCUUGCAAGAGGCAGGCCUAGUUCCUCUUGACUUUGGUCCCAAGGAGGGCCUUGGUCUCCUGAACGGCACUGCUUUCAGUGGUGGCGCAGCGAGUCUUGUCCUCUUCGAGGCCAAUCAACUGGUUUUACUUUCUCAGGUGCUCACCGCUAUGGGCACCGAAGCCCUACUUGGGAUGCGAUACAAUUACCAUCCGUUCAUCGCGAAUGCGCGUCCUCAUGACGGCCAACGUGAAGCGGCAGCCAACAUUUUCCAGUUCUUGGCCGAUUCUAAGUUGGCGAUGAACCCCACUCAUGGAAGCGAGACGGCUAAUCAUGGCGGACUGGCCCAGGAUCGGUACGCCCUGCGAACCUCUACACAGUGGAUUGGACCGCAGAUCGAGGACAUGGCCUUGUCUUUCAGACAGGUUGUGUGUGAACUCAACUCCACGACGGACAAUCCGCUGCUUGAUCCCAAGGAGGAACAGAUCCAUCAUGGAGGGAACUUCCAAGCGGCGUCGGUCGCGUCUGCAAUGGAGAAGACCAUGUCAGCGAUGCAGAUGCUGGGCAAAAUGAUCUUCUCCCAAUCUUCUGAAUUGAUCAACCCCUCCUUGAGCAAGGGUCUGCCUCCCAACCUCAGUCCCGAUGAUCCUAGCUUGUCGUUUGCCUUUAAAGGGGUGGACAUCAACAUGGCAUCGUACAUGUCGGAGCUUGCCUAUCUGAACCAUCCGGUCAGUAAUCAUGUUCAAUCGGCAGAAAUGCACAAUCAGGGCUUAAACUCGCUUGCUUUCAUUGCCUGUCGCUAUGCCGCAGAUAGUGUGGAAGUUCUGUCAAUGAUGGCGGCAACGUACUUGUACACACUCUGUCAGGCACUCGAUUUGCGAGCGCUCCAUUUGGAGUUCGUGAAGGACGCCCAGGAGCAGGUCAACAAUAUCCACGCCAAACUCUUUUCCCCGAUCGUUGGCGAUCGCUUGGCCGUAGUUCAAAAGGAGGUCUGGGAAGCGCUCAUGCAUCACUGGUCCCAUACGAGCACAAGUGAUCUUGCCGACCGAUGCCAGUCAACCACCAGCUACUCCGUUGGGGUCCUCACGAGCUGCCUGCAGCGAGAGGGAAAUCCUGCGAGAUCCUUCCUCAUUGAUGUCGGAUUGGUCAAGGAUUGGGAAACACAAGUAUGCCAUGCUUUGAAGCAAAGCUAUGCGGAACAACGGGAGAAGUUCUUUGAAAAUCAGACGACCAAAUCUUAUCUCUGCAGUGCGUCACGCAGCUUCUACUCGUUCGUUCGGGAGACACUUGCUGUGCCGAUGCACCGAGGUAUCGCCGACCACCCUACGUAUGAUUCUGGAGAGAAUCGCAAGAAGGAAUGUAUCGGGACGCAGAUUAGCAAAGUGUACACCGCACUGCGUAAGGGUAGAUUCCAAGACGUUCUGCUCAGUUGCUGGGAAGAUCGUCGUUGACAUUUUCAGGGGAAUGUUAAAUUAUCGAAAACAGUCAAAACACAGUACACUAGUUGAUCUUAGAAUCUUCUGUGGAUGCUCAGUAUCGUAAAUUAUGGAGUUUCUUUAUUUCUCGACGCUCUAGAAUCGCUGAG